AUGGAGUUGUGCCGUGAUGACUUGCAAGUUAUCACCAAGAAAUAUGACGCGUGUGUUCUAGGCUCAUCUAAUGUUGGCAAAUCAUCAAUGAUUUAUCGGUUUAUAUAUGACCAAUUUAUUGGAAAUAUUGAAGAGCAAGAUUUAUACACCAAGAAAUGCACCAAUAAUAGAGGUGAUUAUGACGUUUUAACCAUAUAUGAUUCAGAUUUCACGAAUGAUAUGUAUACGAAAAGUAUGCAAUUAUCAGUAAUCAAUGCUUCUUGCUUAGUUUUUGCUUAUGCCAUUGAUGAUUCAAAUUCAUUCAUUGCAAUCGAAGAUUAUUACCAUCAUAUCAAUCUGUUUAGAAAAGUAAUGCCACCAUGUUUUGUAGUUGGUUGUAAGUCAGACUUGGAAACUCAACGACAUGUAAGUUUUGAAGAAGGCGGGGAUUUGGCAACUAAAUUAAAUUGCCGUUCAUUUCGAGAAUGCUCAGCAAAGGAGAAUAUUGGUGUUGCAGAGGUUUUCCAAGAUGUUAUUGAUGUGAUAAGUGAAUUACGAGUAGAAGAUCAGCCAUCGUCUUCAAAUUUACAAAUGGAGCAAAUUAAGGGGGCUGUUGCUCAUGCGAAGGAUGUCAAUUUAUCACGCAAUAGUUCUAUGAGUCUUAAUUAUGCCAAUUCACUUUCUGCCAUGAGGACUAAUUCACUGUUGCGUGUACAACCACACCUGCCUUCAAAGUUAAGACAAGCACAUUCUCCCAAGUCAGUAAAACUUGCGAAAACAAAAAGUCCUACUGAAGGUGGCGAUAGCAAUGUCAACAACAACCACUUGGAGCAAAUCCCUCAGAAGCCUACCCUACUACCACACAUCCCAUCUACUUCACAAACCACUCUUGCUGAAGCUGCACCACUACCAACUGAUCCAAAAACUGAACAAGAUCAAAUCAAUGUUGUUUCUGAAAAGGAGCAAAGUACAAAUAAUAGACGAAGUUAUAAUAAAAAGCAGGCUACGAGCAAGGAUUACGACAACCUGAAAAACAAGUGUUGUGUUAUUACCUGA